AGUAACUCAUGUUAGUUCUGUUACGAAAUGUGACUAACCGGUCGCCUGCAGUUCGUUUGGUAAUGCUUGUGGACGGCCGCAGUCUCAUUCGAACCUUAACAGAUACGGUGCUGUGCUCAAGUUAAAUUAACUGCCAGUUAGACUUAACUACAGUUGAAUUUGUCAGUUUUUGGACAGCUCCUGUGCUUUAUUUUGACAAUGGCUUCGGAGACCAUGUCUGCAGCAGACCUGGAGUCGCUGCCAGACCGCAUCGCGGACACCUUCUCCGGCAUGAGGGUCCUCGUCACUGGAGGCACUGGUUUCAUGGGGAAAGUGCUGCUCGAGAAACUCCUCAGAAAAUGUCCAGACAUUGGUCAGAUCAUGCUGUUUGUCAGAAAUAAGAAAGGCAAGAAUCCUAAACAGAGAUUGGAGGAGAUCUUCAAUGGAGUUCUAUUCGAGAAAGUCCGCAACAUGCGCGGUGGAGUGGAACCACUUCUGCAGAAGGUCACCCUGGUGGCUGGAGACGUGUCCGAGCCCGACCUGGGGCUUAGCGACCAGGACCGAGCCAUGAUCAUCGCCCAGGUCGACAUUAUUAUACAUGCCGCUGCUACUAUCAGGUUCGACGAAGAGCUGAAGAAAGCUGUUCUGCUGAACGUGAGAGGCACCAAGCUCAUGGUCGAGUUAGCCAAGACUUGCAAGAAUCUAAAGCUAUUCAUCCACAUAUCUACUUCUUACUGCCACCUUCACGAGAAGCUAUUGGAAGAGCAAGCCUAUCCCCCACCGGCUGACCCCCACCACGUCAUCCAGGCUGUGGAGUGGAUGGAUGAUGAAGCCAUCGCUAUGCUUACACCCAAGUUACUAGACAAACUGCCGAACUCGUACGCGUUCACCAAGGCUUUAGGUGAGGCGCUGGUGGUAGAAGCCAUGGAACACAUACCUGCCAUGGUGCUCAGACCUUCCAUAGUGAUUCCGAUCUGGCAAGAACCGGUGCCUGGCUGGACUGACAAUAUUAACGGCCCCACUGGAUUGCUCAUCGGUGCGGGCAAAGGCGUGAUUCGCUCGAUGUACUGCAAAAGCAACAGCUACGCGGACUAUUUGCCGGUGGACGUGUUUAUAAACGGUAUCAUGAUUGUGGCGUGGAAUUAUCUGCAGAACGGGGACACAAAAUGCAAUAUAAUAAACUUCACAUCUUCAGCUGAGAUCAAGGUGACUUGGUCAGAAAUGAUUGACGCUGGACGAGAGAUUAUCAUGAACCGAGUUCCGCUCAAUGGAGUAGUAUGGUACCCCGGCGGUUCUAUGAAGCACUCUCGUUUGUACCACAACAUCUGCCUGGUAUUGUUCCACUGGGUGCCGGCUGUGCUGGUGGAUAUCCUGCUCUUCUGCCUCGGGUACAAACCUAUUUUAUGUCGAGUCCAACGGCGUAUCAACAAAGGUUUUGAAGUGUUCGAGUACUACACGAACAACCAAUGGGACUUCAAGUCUGACAUUGCUCAGACUCUACGUCAGAAGCUCAACCCUCGUGAGAGACGGGACUACAAGGUUGAUGCUGUCGGUCUGGACAUCUCGAAGUACUUCGAAGACUGCAUCAGAGCGGCGAGAGUCUUCAUUCUCAAGGAGUAUGAUGACACGCUACCAGCUGCCAGGAGGCAUAUGAGAGUAAUGUACUGGGUAGAUGUAAUCGUCCGCUGUCUAUUCUGGGGUCUCAUCUUAUACUGGCUGAGCGGCUUCGUGACUUCACCGUCCACUAUCACGGAACACAAUGCUACUGUCAUCGCUAUGGACGCGUAGAGAGAACUGUUUUAUAUCGAAUGUCCAGUAUACUGGACGUAGAGGCUCAUUUUCAUUCGUCAUUCCGAUUUCCUUCAAAACGUUUUAUGUUUUUUUAACGACGUCAAAAAUCAUCAAACGACCCCGCUGUGGGUUAGCAGCGGUGAGGGAGUGUCAGACUCUUACUGACUAAAAACCGUCGUGUUCCGUCGUAGGCUUUUUAUGUACCAGGGCCGCGGUAGCUCGUGUGAACAAUCCCGCAGCCGUUCUUAGGUACAUACCUACUAUUAUAAACUAUGUCUACCUAAUGCGCUUUCACGCUAAAACUACUGAAGCGAUUUAAAUAAAAGGCAUAGGUACAGACAGUCUGGAAUCUGAGAAAGGAAAUAGACUACAUUUUAUCAGACUUCGAGAAGUAGUUUAAGUAUUUCUUUGCUUGUUUGACCGCAUACAGGGAGCAACGACGGCUUUUCGUAACGUUUUUAAAUUACUUUAAAAAUUGAACAUAAAAAUUUGUGACCGAGUUAAUGAUCAAUGAAAAUGAGUCUUACAUUAUCAGUUCACAAUGUCUGACAUAAUUUGUCAGACUUUUAUCAGACUGCUUCUACUAUGUUGUGUAGAUAGUUACUUACAUAGUUUUUAAGUAGGUGUACUUAGUUUUUAUAAAGGUGUUUGAGCUAGCCUAAAUUCUUUUUGAGGGUGAAGAAAAUUAAAUUAAGUUGAUAUAAACUGUGUUUUAUACAGGAUAUGAAAAAAAUAUGAAUCAAAAUCGAACUUACAUACCUAAUAUUCUAUUCAUUUUUAUUUACUCUACAAAGUUCUUAAAUGACUGGUUUCUAAACAUAAUCAUAUGUAAAUACCUAUUGCAAAAAAAAAUUGGAAAUCUGGUGUAUAAAUUUAUUAGUACCUUAAAUAUCCUUGUAUUUGCAUUACAUUUUUAAAAAACGCCUUUUUCUUUAUAGUGUAAAAAGUCAUAAGUGCCUACCAUUUUUAUUUCUUUGUGAAAAAACAUAUGCCCAUCGUAUUAAUAGAAAUUAUGUCUAAAGAUUAAGGUGUAGGCUUUUACUAAAAAUAGCUCAACUAUUUGUAGUAUAGAUAUUAGUUUUUUAAAACUGUGUAUAAGACUUUUUUGUACCUAUUUCGAAUAAAAUAUAUUUUUUUCUAAGUCUCUUGUAAAAUUGAUAACUUUUGUACUGUAUAUUUUGUAAUAAAAGUUACAACAUUU